AUGGCUACUCACGAUGAUUUGCCCGUCGUUUCUCUCCUAAAGCAACUCAUCGAGAUACCCAGCACCAGCGACGAUGAACUCGCCGUAGGGCUAUUCCUCGAACACCACCACCAAUCUCUCGGCUACACCGUAGAACGCAUCCCGAUAUCCCCCUCCUCAACCCGGCACAACGUGUAUGCGUACCUAGGCCCCAAGAGCAGCCGCAAAACGCGCAUAUGUCUAACGUCACACAUGGACACCGUGCCACCGCACAUCCCCCUCUCGCUCUCUGCAGAUGGCCAGACAAUCUGGGGCCGCGGUGCAUGUGACGACAAGGGCCCGCUGGCAGCGCAGAUCGAAGCGGUCGAGCAGCUGCGCAGAGAAGGCCGCAUCAGCGAGAGCGGUGGCGAUGUCAGCUUCCUCUGGGUGGUCGGCGAGGAGAAGGGCGGCCCUGGUAUGCUGGCAGCCAACGAUAUGGGAUUAUCGUGGGAGGCUGUUAUUUUUGGAGAGCCGACAGAAGGCAAACUAGGAGUCGGACAUAAAGGACACAUUGUGUUUGAGUUGUCUGCUACGGGUGUUGCUAGUCAUUCUGGUUAUCCAGAACUCGGCUCGAGUGCUAAUGCUGCUCUUAUUGGCGCCCUUUCGGAACUGCUUGCAGCUACAUGGCCUUCGUCUGAUUUGCUCGGCCCGUCUACUUUCCAUGUCGGGAGAAUGACUGGUGGCGUUGCGUAUAAUGUUUUGGCAGCGUCGAGCGAGGCGUUGUGCGCAGUGCGCAUUGCAAGCGACCUCCCCGGCAUCAAGAUGCGGAUUUCGGACAUCGUUUCCAAGCAUAAGGAUGUCAAAGUCGAUUUCAAGUUCGAAUACCCGGAAACUCUCUUGGAUCAUGAUAUUGAAGGUUUUGGCCCCUAUGCGGCAGCUUUUGGCACUGAUGUCCCAAGACUUUAUGGGGAGCAUAAAAAGUAUCUCUAUGGACCUGGUUCUAUUAUGGAUGCACACGGCAAAAAUGAACAUGUUGAGAUAAGUGAGUUACUGGAAAGUGUUGAGGGAUAUAGGAAAAUUGCACUUCAUUGUUUGGAGCGUUGA